AGAUCUCGAUAACCUUUCGACAUGGUCGUUCCUGCGGACCAUGCACUUCAUGAGGCGAUUCAAGUAUCGUCAUUGAUACUUUCUGACGAUGUUAGACGACAAAAAGGGAACAACUCCAUUUGCAGAUUGAGAAUCGUGUAGCGAAAAUGCGAUUUUCCUCAGCGACUGCCAGAAAGAUACAGGAUGUUUUCAUUUCGGAAAUGAAUAAAGGGAUUCAUCAGCAACCGUCCUCAUUGCAGAUGGAAAAUACCUACAUACCGGAACUACUCAAUGGGACAGAAGAAGGUCUUUACUUGGCACUCGAUCUUGGUGGCACUAACUUUCGUGUACUUCUGUUGGAAUUGGCCCACGGUGCUCCCGUACGACAAGAGGUGAAACGAUAUUACAUAGGAUCUGAACUAAGGGUCGGCUCGGCAAUUCCUCUGUUUGACCAUUUGGCUGAGUGUGUCAGUGAUUUCGUCAUUUCUCAGGGUCUUCAGGACGUGGAGCUUCCUCUCGGCUUUACCUUCUCAUUCCCUAUGGUUCAACACUCAUUGGACGUCGGUAUUUUGGUGACCUGGACCAAGACUUUUAACUGCCCAGACGCAGUAAAUAAAGACGCUGUGAGACUUUUGCGAGAGGCUUUGGAUCGACGAGGCGACACAAAAGUAACGGUCGUAGCAAUUUUAAACGACACCACAGGCACCUUGGUGCAAGGAUCAACUUUGGAUCAUAACACGGCAAUAGGACUUAUUCUGGGAACAGGCAGCAACGCCUGUUAUCUAGAACGCGCGGAUCGGGUCGAGCAUUGGGAAACGAAGAGACAUGGCGAAAGAGAAGUUAUCAUUGAUAUCGAGUGGGGCGCCUUCGGCGAUAAUGGAGUUUUAGACUUUAUCAAGACGGAUUUCGAUCGUGAAAACGACGCAAAUUCCCUUAUCGUGAAUUCAUUUACAUUUGAAAAAUAUAUUGCUGGAAAAUAUCUUGGUGAAGUGGUGCGCGUGAUACUUGCGAAGUUGACCAAAGAGAAGCUUUUGUUUGUAGGAGAAUCUACAUCAGACAGUCUCCUAACACCCGGUAAUCUUACCACUGAUCUGGUGUCGCACAUCGAGCAGGACUCGGUGGAUGGUGGCGAUAGCAAUACGAGGGAGGUUCUUGGAAAAUUCGGCAUCAUUCCAGACGAAGAUGACAUCAGAAUUGUGCAAUACGUAUGCGAAGUCGCCUCUAACCGCGCAGCUCUUUUAGUGUCGAUAUGUCUUGCGAGUUUACUGGAUCGUAUAGAUAAGGAACAAGUAACAAUUGCUGUGGACGGAUCUCUCUACAAGCAUCAUCCCCGAUUAGAAGGUUGGAUGAAACAGUAUAUCUCACUUCUAUCACCUGGACGAAAUUUCAAAUUAAUCCACGCGGAAGAUGGAAGCGGUAAAGGCGCCGCGCUCGUCUCAGCCAUAGCGCAAAGACUCAAGAAGCGGUUACAAUAAUCGCGAAUAAAUUAAAAACGUCCAAGUGUCGACAGAGUCGCCCUUAUCACGAGGCAAUACUAAACGAAUUGUCAAUAGACAUAGAAAUAUUCCAUCAGCAGUUUCCAAUUCAAUACCGUGGUAUAUUUCCGCUACCUAUGAAUAUAUUACUCGCAAUACUUACAUUGAAUUUUAAUGGAUUACAAGCGUUUCGAUUAACAUCAAUUUAGGAAUUGUGAGAUUAUAUAGGAUUAGGAUGCUGUUAUGUACAUACACGGUCCACAUUGCACAUGCGAUAAAGCGUGCACGAUGCACUCACACACACAUGUACACACGUGCGGACACAUACAUAUAUUAACAUAAAUAAUAGAAAACGGUCGUUUUGAAUGUAUGUAUGUAUCUUCACGCGAGUACGUAUGUGUGUGUCGUGCACGACUUCUCGCAUGUGUCGACCGUGUGUGUAACAAAUGCGUUUAUUGUAUCAGCCUCGUAAUGAAAUGAAAUGUCAAAUAUUAUAGAACAUAGAGAUAUCGACGCGGGAGGCUCGUGCGUUAUUUUAAGGAAAUAAAUAAUACACCAGUCAAGUGCGUGAGAGAACUGUGAAAGAACGAAUCAUCGAGAGAAUAAAGUGAACAAUGAUAUUAUUUAUGAAGUGAAACUGCAAUGGGAACGUAUGCGUCUGAAAUGAAAAGUUGUUGCACAUUACAAACGUUUAUAUUGGAAACGUUUCUUUUUUUUUUGUACGGAAGAAAUCAAGUUGUUAUAAUAAAAAGUUAUCCCAACAGAUUUAUUUUAACAUA